CAUCUCUACCUUUCUGGUUGGUAAAACAAAAUGAAGAACAAGUUUCUUUUUGGAGUCGCUCUCCUCGAUCGGGGGCUCGGAGUCCGAUUGUGUAAAGUAAUUAAGAGCAAGGAGAAGAAGGGGUCAGGUUCAGGUAGCCUAGAAGUAGACGCAAGUGGUGAUGACGCUCGUACUGCUACUGGCUCUACUGGAUCUGGUUCUGGAUCUGGUUCUGGGGAAGGUACUCGCGAUGAACCCGUCAUGGACGAUUUUGGUGCAGAUGGCGGCUUUUUAGGAGAGCUGGAUCGCGAGCAGAAUAUUAAUGAUGCUGGUGUUU